UGCCAUUAUGUACGGGUUGGAUUUCGACGAUCGGCCGGGCCGCUCCUCUCGCACGGAGAGACACACUCAGUCGUUUCGAGACUGCCGAGUUGACCGGGUCUUUGGUCUCGAAGAGAACCGCCGUUCGCGUCGAAAGUUCCGUGUGCCCGUGUGUCUUCUGUCUCCCUUCCGCCAAUUCUAUUUCUCUCGCGCGCACGCACUUAACCGUUCCCUUCUUCUUUUGUCAGCCGCCCCAUUGCGAGAGUUCGGCGCACACCCGGCACAGUCCCAGGACCAUGGCGGUUACCGUAAUCGCGACGACAAUUCUGCUCCUCGCAGUGACUCAGACUGCGGUGUGCAACAGCGACAACAGCAAAAACAACAGUACAAGCAUGUACCAAGAUCCUCGCACUUUCUUCCCCGGCAUCAAAGGCAAUCUCACCAAGAUCGUUUGGGCGCACGCCGUCAACAGUCUCGCGAAAUUGGAAUCGGCGCUCUCGUCGGAGGACGUUAUGAUGCUGGAGGCCGACGUUGUGAUGGGCAAGCUCAACACUAGCAACGCGACUAAUAAUAUCCCGAUAAUGGCGCAUCCACCGGCCAAGGAGAGCGAUCUGUCACUCGAGGACUUCCUCAAUCUAACCAUUUCAGCCCAGAACGUCAGCAAGGGCGUCAAGCUUGACUUCAAGUCCGACGAGGUGUUCGAGAACAGCAAGCCUAUCCUCGCCAAGUUCCGACAGAACUUGACGUUUCCGGUUUUCCUCAACGCGGACAUUCUUCGGGGCCCGGUAAACGCCACCGCCGUCCCGCUCAAUCCGAAAGAUUUUCUGAAAAAGGCCGCCGAAGUCAUGCCGGACAGUACUCUGUCCGUUGGCUGGACAACCAGAUACGGAAAGGAGCACAACAUUACCGAGGGUGGAUACACCUCGGAGCAGAUCAAAGCGAUGAUCGACGCUCUGAUAGAGAGCAACAUCAAGCAGCCGGUAACUUAUCCGGUAAGAGCCGGUCUCGUGGCGAACAAUACCGAGGUCAUCAAGACUCUGCUGAAGAACUCGACGUUCGUCAACGCGACACUGACGAUCUGGUCGUCGGAGGGCGAUUCCGUCAACGUGGCGCAACUUUCGAAAUUGAUCAAGGAAGUGGGAGUCGACAAGAUCUACGUGGACGUGCCGGAUGAUCUGAGAAACAAACUCGAUUUCUCGGGCGCGUCCACGAUAACAUCGGCGGCGUUGACUCUAGUCGCGUCGCUGGUGCUUCUUCUAGCUCAGUCAAGAAUGCUGUGAAGUUCAAACACAGAUAUCGAAAACAGAGUCUUCGCGAGAUCCGAGAGGGUUCCGACUCUUCACACGCGACUCUUCCGAUAAAAGAAACGAAAGAACGACACGUCGACGAAUAUCCGAUAGCCAACUUAUCGCACAUCGAAAAUAUUCGUUCGAUUCAUUUCGUCGCGAUCGUUCGGAUCGGAUUUUCGUCCGCGUUUUCGACUGCAUUUUUCUUAAGAAACGAGAGUCUCUCUUCUGAGACAUUCGUCGCGAACAACAACAAUUUUCCAUAGCAAGACAUUUUCCACGCGAGAUUUCUCUAUCUACCGAACAAACACCCGCUGUUGUCGAUAAGAUUUGUAUUUGUACUUAAACAAAUUAUUCGACGCAACAAACGUUUCACGACUGUAACAUGUUUGUCAUUUUUUCCGACAUAUAUGUGGCAAAAUAUAAAAAAAAAACGUACAAAAUUAAAAAUUCGCGUUUUUCAUCAUUCGUAUAUGUAUACAGAGGAUGUUUCUGAAUAAGUGCGAAAAGUUUCAGGAGAUGAUUCUUUGCCGAAAAUAAAGAAGGUGUCUUUUGUAUAAACACGUACUCUUGUAUUCCUCUCUGAGAAGUUCCCACAAAAAGUGAGAUGAAAAUUAGGUUUUUAUUGUUUUUCUCAAAUUUUGAAGUUAAAGAAGUAAAAUUCGAUGGACAUUUUCCAGUAAAACAGACGUUUAUUGAUAUUUUUCAACCCUCCGGUGUUGUUAUAAAAAGAGAUAAAACGCUUAUUCAAUUUCUUAUUAUUUUCUU